GCAGCUGUUGCAGCUUGUCAAUGGCGGCUGCGACAGCAAGUAGUGGCUCACAGAGCUCCAGCAGCAGUAGCAGCAGCAGCCAGGGACAAGAGUUCAUAGUCCGGAUACCAAAGCAAACCAAGAAACGGUAUCAUGUCAUGCGAUUCAAUGCUGCGCACAAACAAGACAUAUCCAAGUGGACGCAGGUUCGCAUGGAGAGGGAGAAUAACAUGAAGGAGUUCAAGCUUGAGGACGACAUGCCGAAAUUUGGGGCGGGCAGCGAGUUUGGUCGGGACCAGAAGGAAGAAGCCCGGCGCAAGAAAUAUGGUAUCAUCAUGAAGAAGUACAACCCCGAUGACCAACCUUGGCUGCUCAGGGUUGGUGGCAAGGGAGGAAAAAGGUUCAAGGCCAUACGCGAGGGAGGCGUUUCUGAAAAUACGUCUUUCUACGUCUUCUGUAAGGCCCCCGACGGUGUCUUUGAAGCUUUUCCCAUUGAGGAGUGGUACAACUUUAACCCUGUGAACCGCUUUAAGGCACUCACUGCUGAAGAAGCAGAAGUGGAAUUUGAGAGGAGAGACAAAGUGAUGAACCACUUCUCCAUCAUGGUUCGCAAGAAGAUGUCCCUCGAAGAAGAAGGAGCCAAAGAGGAGGGAGAGGAGGAAAAAGGAAAGAAGGGGAAGAAGGGCAAAAAGGAGAAGAACAGAGACUUUCAACUCACAGAAAUGGACGACUGGUUGAGUGACUCGGACGGCGAGGGCGACGACGACUCGGACGGCGAGAGAGAUGAUGAUGAUGGUGGUGGCAAGAAGAAGAAGAAGAAGGGUAAAGCUGGAGAAGAUGAUAAGAAGAAAAAGAAAAAGAAGAACCAGUCCGAUGAGGAGGCCAUAGAGGAAAGCGAUGAGGGAGACUUUGAUGACAGGGAAGUGGACUACAUGUCAGAAUCCAGCUCAGAGGAAGAGGAGCCUGCAGACGAGAAGGCGAACCGUGAGCUGAAAGGUGUCGAGGAUGAGGAUGCCCUUAGGGCUGCGGACCAGUCAGACGAAGAGGAGGAAGGCGAGAAGGAGGAGGAGAAGCCCGAGGGAGAGGAGGAGGCCACCAAGGACGAGAAAAGUGCUGAGCCCAAGCCAAAGUCAAAGGCUGACAAGAAAGAGGGUGGCUCUUCUAAGAGCGCAUCAAAGGGCAACUCCUCUGGUGAAUCCAGCUCCGAGUCUUCAGACUCUGACUUCGACGACUCCAAGUUCCAGUCAGCCAUGUUCAUGCAGUCUUCUGCUCGUCAGAAACCAAAGAAGAAGAAUGGCUGCGAGAGUGCGAACAGCAGUCGUGCAAACACACCUACAAAGCACGUGAGUGACGAGAAGAAGGGCAAAGGGCAUGGGAGUGUGGUCCAAGAACCAUGGGACAGUGGCAGCAGCAAAGCUCUCAAGCGCAAAAUCAUGGAAGAAUCUCCAUCUGCUGGAAAAACAGAUGGGUCGGCACCAAAACGUCCGCGUAGUGAAUCAAACCUUCCUUCCACACCUUCCAUGCCUAGCAGCUGGUCAUCAAGCACGGAAGGCAUCACCGAGGAGUCUGUGAGGCGCUACCUACUUCGGAAGCCCAUGACCACAACAGAGCUCCUCCAGAAGUUCAAGUCAAAAAAGACUGGCAUGAGCAGUGAAAAGCUUGUGAACACCAUUGCUCAGAUUCUGAAAAGACUGAACCCUGAAAAGCAGACCAUCAAAGGAAAACUGUACUUGUCUAUAAAACCGUGAGCUGCAAAGGGGCACAUACUGCUUGGCACCUUUGCCGGAGCCCAGCAGUUGAAAGCACAUAGUGUUGUCAUUGUUCAUGAGCUGUUGUGUAAAUAAACAGUUUUUAUACAUCUCA